AUGCCUACAGCAUGGCGUGGCUUAUGGUAUCAACAUGGAAUGAAUUCACUAUUAGAGAUAACAGUCGAUCAUAUCCAGACAAAAGGAGAUUGCCUAGAAGUACUUCCUGCACAACAGUAUUACCUCUUUACUGAUCGCAAAGCUCGCUGUACACGAUGUCUUCUAUUCAUUGAACGUGAUACUAAUUUACUUCAAUAUCGUGAAAGUGAAUGUAAUGAGGCGGAUGAUCUAUCGAAUAUUAGUUUAUGCCAGAAUAUGAUUGCACCCGAUGCACCAUUAUAUACACUUCAUCGAAACAAUUCAACAGCUCAAAUAUGUCCUAUUCAACCACCAUUUUCAUUGUUAAAGUUAAUAAAAGAUGGUUCUAACUGUUAUCAAUCAUUAUCGUCAUCUUACAUUGGUGAAUGUAUAAAUGAUUACCAAUUUCGUUUACAUCUUUCAUCAUGUUCAUUGUAUCAUCCAACAUUUGAUCGUCAUCUGCAAUGUGUUGCAACAUGGAUCGAAGGUUUUCAUACAUAUUUCGUUACGCGUAUUCUUUCAAAAAUCUAUAAUCCAAAUGAUAAUCCAUACGCGUGCUUUUAUUAUGUAACUAAAGACAAAGAUAUCUCAUCAUCGUUUUCAUUAAAUAUGGCAACGGACGGUUCAUGUCGUGAUCUAAAUUCUAGACAUAUGGCAACAGUAAUGACAUUAUCACCGAGCAAUCGACACAUCGGUAACGAAUCAAAUGUAUCAUGUAUUUUUCCCGAUGAAUUUCAACAAAUUGAAUGGUAUUCACUUAAUCGAACAAUGCGAAUGUUCAUAAAAAAUACUGAUAUCGAACUAGUUCAUUCUCAACAAACUGAAUAUAAUCAACGAUUUUAUUGCGUUCAAUCAUUCAAUUCAACCGAUUAUCUUAUUCGAAUAUUUAUGAAUUGUGAUGUUCAAGAGAAAUGUUUACGAAUAAAUCAACGAACAAAUAAUGUUUUAGAAUUCAAUAUCAAUAAUUGUAAUGAUAAUGAAGAUAGUAAAAUAUUAACAUUCGUUAAAAAAUCAAAUUAUUUAUCACAAUGCCCAACUAGCAUUGGUCAUCUAUCAUUUGAAUCCAAUCUAAAUCAUCAUCGGCCGUUUCUAUUAAGAAAACAAUCGUUUCAUCUAUCUGUUGGUUGUGAUAAUAGAGAAAAGCUGAUUACUUAUCAAGUAGAAAAAGAUCUUGAAUAUCGUUGGCCUAUUCAAACGGAUACUUGUAUUGCAUCAUGGGAGUCUGAUGAUCUAUCAACGAUUUAUCUUAUUGCCCAAUCAAACUAUACAAAUACCAGUUAUUGUCUUAGAUUUCAAAUGAGUGAUUCAAUAAUUAUUCAAAAUAAUAGCCAUGCAUGUUCAUUCAAUAUUGAUGAAGAUACAAUAUCUAUAUCGAUUUAUUCAGCUAAAUUAGUUAAUCCUUGUUCGAAAUCAAAACAAUUACUAUUCAACUAUAUUCUUUUAUUACUAACCAUAUUGUUAUGUAUAAAAAAACAGCAGAUAAUAAAUUUUAUUAUUUAG